CCAAGGGCAGGCGCACGUUGGGGGGAGGUGGCGCGAGCGCCUUCCCUCACGCGGCCGCGGCGCCGGACCCGGAAGUAGCGUCUGUCGUGGAGGCGGCGGCGGCGGCGCCGGGCGGGAUGGGGGAGUCGAUCCCGCUGGGGGCGCCGGUGCCGGUGGAGCAGGCCGUGCUGGAGACCUUCUUCUCCCACCUGGGCAUCUUCUCCUACGACAAAGCCAAGGACAACGUGGAGAAGGAACGGGAGGCCAACAAGAGCGCGGGGGCCAGCUGGCUGGCCCUGCUGGCCGGGCUGGCCCACCUGGCCGCCGCCGAGAAGGCCUACCACAGCAUGACCUUCCUGGGCCAGAAGCUAGGUGGUCAGUCAUUCUUCAGCCGAAAGGACUCCAUCCGAACCAUCUACACAUCUCUGCAUAAUGAGCUGAAGAAGGUGGUGGCGACGGGUCGCAAUGCACUAGGAGGAACAGCUCCUCACUUGGAAGAGCUGCUUUCUCACCUGUCUGAACAGCUCUGUUUUUUUGUUCAGGCUCGGAUGGAAAUUGCUGACUUCUAUGAAAAAAUGUACACGCUCAGCACCCAAAAGUUCAUUAACUCUGAGGAACUGGUAAACAUUUUGGAAUCCAUCUUAAAGAAAUACAGCUCAAGAUUUCAUCAUCCAAUCCUCAGUCCUCUUGAAAGCAGUUUCCAGUUGGAAGUAGAUGUGCUUGCACAUCUGUUAAAGGCUCAGGCUCAGAUCUCAGAGUGGAAGUUCCUUCCAUCCCUGGUCAACUUGCACAGUGCUCACACAAAACUACAGACUUGGGGCCAAAUAUUUGAGAAACAGCGAGAGACCAAGAAACAUCUCUUUGGAGGGCAGUCUCAGAAGGCUGUACAACCUCCGCACCUCUUCCUCUGGCUGAUGAAGCUCAAAAACAUUCUCCUUGCAAAGUUUAGCUUUUACUUUCACGAGGCCCUUAGUCGACAAACAACAGCAUCUGAAAUGAAAACUUUGACUGCUAAAACAAAUCCUGAUUACUUUGGGAAAAUUUCCAGCUUCAUCCGGAAGUAUGAUGCCGUCAACGUUUCCUUAAUUUUUGACAAUCGUGGAUCAGAGAGUUUUCAGGGACAUGGUUAUCAUCAUCCUCAUUCUUACAGGGAAGCCCCCAAAGGAGUGGAUCAGUACCCUGCAGUGGUGUCUCUGCCCAGCGACAGGCCUGUUAUGCACUGGCCCAAUGUAAUCAUGAUUAUGACUGAUAGAACCUCUGACCUCAACAGUUUGGAGAAGGUUGUUCACUUCUACGAUGACAAAGUCCAAAGCACGUACUUUCUGACUCGCCCUGAACCUCACUUUACCAUUGUAGUUAUUUUUGAGUCCAAGAAGUCAGAAAGGGACUAUCAUUUUAUUUCUUUUCUCAAUGAAAUUUCACAUUCCCUUAAGAACUCCAAAGCUUUUGCAAGCUUGAAACCUGGAUCCAAAGGGUAAAAUACAAAAUACUUAUAAGUUGUCAAGGCAGUAUGCCAGCCUUGGGGGAGCUGUAGCUUUCAAGGAUUACAUAAAUUCAUGAUUCUCAGAAUCUAAUUAAAAGGAACCAUUAUUUUUAAUGUUAUAAGUUCCUAUUUUUUUUUAAGCUAACAGACACUUGAAAAGUAUUUUUGGGCAGUACUCAGUGGGACAACUUAAUUGUGGGCUGCUAAAUGGCCACAGUAGGACGGUUUUGGUGUGGUUUUCAAUUUUCAGUACGAUUUAUUUUUUCAGUCCACAAUUUUGUUGCCUGUAUCAGAACAGAAUAUAUGCACUUUAUCUUGGUCUGAUCAUUGACUGUCUUCUACAGAGUUUAUUGAAAAUGUGGUGAGGAUGGAAGAUGGUAUCUUUUCAGAAAACUGCGUCGCCUGAGAGGAAUGAUUUCUGGGAAACUAAACACUGAUACAAGGGAAUAUUAAAAAAAAAAAGUGAACCUGCAAGGACAUGUUUUAAAUAAAAAUACAAGAAUCACAAAAGGGACUAUUGUUAAUUAAAACUUAGUUUUCAAAUGGUUUAAAAUGAUAAUUCAGGUCUCUGAUGCUGUCUGUUAAGCACCAGUCUCUAUUCUGUCAUAAAGCUUUGUCGUUGCUCCAAAACACAGGCUGGGGCAGGAAGAGCUGCAGCACUGGCUGGAAGGCCAGUAUGCACUGGAGCGUUGGGACAUUGUGUGUCCAGUACCAGUCUUGGCUCAGAUUAACGGAAGGAGACAAGCUGAGGCUGAGCAGGUGUUCUAGAAGGAACAGCUCCAUGGAAAAAGCAGCAAAACUCUUCAAAUUGUGCUUUUCUCUGGCUAACUUAAAAAAAAAGUGCCCUUUUGUAAUGCCCUUUGUAAAAGCUAUUUUCAAAUUUGCUGUUAGGGUCAGCCUGGAUUUGUUUUCAGAUUUUUUUAUAAGUAUAUAGCUUUUUCUUUCUGUUCAAUUUUAAAUUAUUUCACAAUUAAGCUAAAUCACUCUGGAAUUUGGAUUUAAAUAUAUAGCCUAUGCAGUAUGUUUACCUCAUUCUAAAAUGUCUCUUUUACCACUUCUAGGCUACACGUUUGGAAAAAGUAUGUUUUCUACUUGCCCUGAAAGUGCUUUAUUUUGGAAAUCAGUAUUUCCAAAUACAAUAAAAGGGUCAAUUUGGCUGUAUCUGUAGCCUUACAUUGCAUGAUUCUUCUGACAGUUAGCUAUGCAGUUGUGCGAGCACUUUCAUGGGAAUUCGGGAGGACUGAUAAUGGGUCUGCUGUAUGAGGUAUGUAAGUGUAGUAAAGUUAGAUCCUUAGUUGACACUGUGUAAGGAAUAGCGUAAUCAGGUUUGUUUUAAAACGGAGUUUAAGUCAAAAUGCUGGUUUCUGUUAAGACUGAAAUGUAAAAGGUACCAUUGCAGGUAUGGCUUUUACUAAUUCGCUUUCUCUCCCACAACAGAUUAUGGUAACUUGUCUUGCCUCUUGCAGCAAGUACUGAUUCCUUUACAAUCACAUAAGCAUGUUCUGUUCUCAAAAUGCAAGCUCUGACUUUCCACUUUGUGCCAAAUAGAGCCUUCCAUGCUUUGCUAUAAUUAAAUGUUAGUCUGUUGUGAAUAUCUGUGCUACUGCCUUUCACCUAAGGUCUUAUUCUGACUGCAGUAUUGCUCUCAAAAGUUUAGGAUCUGCUCUUUGCCAUUGGAAAAUAGCAGGAGUUGCAAAUAUACCAGCAACUGGAGGGCACCUGGUUGUAACAGCAUUAGGCUUUCCAGCUUAAAUUGCCCUUUUUACAGGACAAAGUUGCAAGUGACAGUAUUGAGAUGGAGUUUGUGUGCUGCUCUCUGUGGGACAGUGACCUUGUAAUAACGUUGUACUGUUGACUUCCUCAGCCUGAGUAACAGAAAAGAGGCUGUUGCCAGAACCGAUUCCCAGUCUUCAGCAGUGUAAUAAAGCGGUGUACAAAUUCUGUCUGCCUCUACAGUAUUUCCCUGUCAUAUUAGCUAUCUGCGGGAAAGCGGCGAGGAGGCUGGGGGAAGAGGGCGUGUGUGGUACAGACACCUUCUUGCUCAUUUCUGAGUUGCAGGGGACAUGUUGGAAGAGGUGAAAGAGAAACCUGCUGCCUUUUGGAGCAGACCAACAGUUGCUGAAAUGGCUGGAGGCUGUUCCCAGUGGUUUUUAUGGGGAGAGGAAAAGGAGGCAAAUGUUCAGCAGACCUGGUGCUUCACUUCAUGCUCCUGCCACUUUUUUGGGGAGUGGCGUCUCUGGGAAUAGGGAAGGGAUGUGAUGUUUCUGUGCAGGAGCAGGUGAGUCUCGCUUUACCACUUAUCAGCGCUGAGGUGGUUUGCUGCAGUUUUCUUCAGAGGAUCUUGGGGAAGUGGCCUGAGGGGCCAUCUGACUCAUGGGUAUGAAUUUCUGAAUAUUUAGGUUGAUGAAGAACCGAAGGGAGCCAUAACCAGCACUGUUAUGGUGUGAGGAGGGAGGGAAUGGGAGAGACGUGCAGACAAAUGGUGGGAGAGAAUUGGGUGCUGGAGGGAGAAGCUUCUGUGGAGCUGUCUCUGGGUUUCUCGGUCCUGUGUGUCAGGCUCCCAUUGUAACAUCUCGGCUUUAAAUUAAUACAAGGCAGGAGGCAGAAAAUCUAGGCUGUAGGAAGUGGUUUGGAUGAAAGCUGCGGAGGUGAAGUUGAAGAGAGGUAAUAACACUAGAAUCAACAUCAACUAGUUUCGCAGAGUUGAGGUGUGCUGUGACCAAAACCUAAGCGUGUGUGGGGUGUGAGUACGUGUGGUGAAUGAAUACAGAUUUGUUAGCUCCGUGCAGACUUACAGCACAGUUUCUUACUUGAUGCUUUGGGGAGUUUGUUUUAAAUGACAAAUGAGGUAACAGGGAGACUGAGUUAUCUACCAUGUAAAAUUGGCUAGGCCAGUAACGAAAACCUGCAUAACUAAGGGGGUGAACAUAUCUGUGGAGUAAGUAAAGAUGACUAGAAACUCUAACUGGGGAAAAAAAAAAUCAUUACUAACUUCAGUACUGGAAAGAUUGAUCUCUUUACUAUAAGAAUUGGAGAACAAAUGCACUUUUGCCGAGCUGGGUGAUAUCCCCUCUGCCAGCUUUUCCUCUCCACCCAUUUAGCUAAGCAAGAUUGAAUGUACUAAUGUACUUUAAAAGUCUUGUAUAAAUGACUGCUUUAAAUGCAAGAUGUACAGAUGUUUAUGGUAACGUAAUGAAAGCCAAUGCUUCCAGACAUAUUUUAAAGCUUUUAAAACAGGUACUGAGAUUUGAUAUUCUUGGUGCCACUCAGGUUGCUGAGAAUAGCAGUGUGGAAGCUUAUCUUGUAGCAGAUUUCAUAUACCUCAUCACUUACUUGAGUCUAUGAGGAUUUUGGCAGAACAUUUAAUUUAGUAUCCUUUGCCUGGAAUGUGAAUUUGACAGCAAAUGUAUUCUCAGAUCUCUUGCAUAUUUUAUAUUUAUGUCUUGUAAGCUGUUUUCUUUCACAUACGGUGUUCAGGUUUUUUGCUUGAAUAAAACAUCUUUCCUUGUCUCCCCUCGAUGCAUGAAGACAAUGCAGGGAAUGAAAACUAUCAAUAUAUUUUGUAUUGUGCUGCGAAGGACUGCAAUAUAUGCAUAAUGCACAUAAUAUUCAGGUUUUGAUAAUCUAAAAGCAACAUGAAUUCCUGGUGUUUAUUUGAAUACUAACUCUCAGUGUUUAUCUAAUUCACUUAAAAAAAAAAAAAAGUCUUCACUAUAAGUGGAAAUUAUGUUAUGGCACUUUCCCAGUUAAUUAUUGCUCUGGUCUACUCUUCUUCAUAUACGAGCCUUUUGAGACACUUGUGAUCAUUCUAGUGGUUGUUCUUUGUUUGAUAACGGUUAUCUGAGGUUUCCUUGGGUGCGUGUCUGUGCUGCCUGCUGCCGCAGGUCAGCCUGCUGCCUUUUACCGCAGAGUCCCAAUUUCCUUGUAACCACGCUUUGCUUAAGAAAAUCAGCUAUGUGCUAUACUUCAUUCCUCAAGUCCUCUUUUUUUGUCCCAAUAUCUACAACCCCUCAUCUUGCAGUAAGAAGAAUGUCGUGCAGCGUGGCUGGUCCUGGGCUCGUGGUUAGCUCUGCGAUUGCUUCCAGAAGUGCUGGCACCAAGCUGACUAACUUGGCUGAAACUUUGGUGUUUCUGCCCUGUGUUCUCCAGAAUUCCCGUCUGCAGACUCCCCGGGGAUGUGAGCCAGCCCAGCCCCGAGGCCAAG